UCAGCUGUGUCCAAUCACAGCUGAUCACAUCACUGAUGAUCAGUGUGCCUUGAUGAACAGUGUAGCCCCAGCAGUGCCACCUGUCAGUGUCAAUCAGUACAAGCUGUCAGUGCUCAUCAGUGCCACGUGCCAGUGCCACAUCAAUGCCACAUAUCAGUGCCUACCAGUGCACAUCAAUGCCACAUAUCAGUGCCCAUCUGAGCUGCCUUUCAGUGUCACCCAUCAGUGCCAGGCAGUGCCACCUAUCAGUGCUGCCAAUCAGUACCACCUAUCAGUGCCAGUCAGUGCCACAUAUCAGUGC